AUGUUGCCAACGCAAGAAAGUUUCGCUAUGCAAACGGAUAUACUACCAACACAAAACAUAGGACAUCUAGAGCAAAACCAGCCACAAGUAUAUUCGUUACUGGCGAGCUCAACUAGCUCUUCAUCAAUAAAAAAACCUCGAAGGAAAAAGACAACGAAAUUGCAAGAAACUAUUCCCGUCAUGGUUAAUCCACAGAUAACAAGGACGUCUACUGGUGUUACAUUUGGUGCGCCUCACCAUCAUUCGACAACUAUACCAGAAUCUAUAUCACCAUUCGUAUCUGCACGUCUUUUAAAUAGUCACCCAUUGCCAGUUAGAUUUUUCAUAGAACAAGAUUCAUGUGAUUCAAAUAAUAACAUCAAUCAUAGUCAAACGUCAUCUCUUUCUAUCCCUUUGACAUCUUCAGUAUCAGUUCAAACCCAACAAAAUCCUUCGUGGUCGAAUAAUUUUGUGUCAGUUAUGAACUCGAAUGCAUUGUCGCAAAUGGUUGCAGAAUCGCAGCUUUUCGGGUUAAAUCGACUAUUCAACAAUAAAAUUGAUGAGAAAACGGCAUCUGCUUGUUUAACACAACACAAUGACUAUCAACAUAUUAGUCCAUCGCUUACAAUUAGUCGAAAAGAGUCUCCUAUCAACCACUUUCACACUAUCCCAUCUCCAUUAUCUUCUGUUUCACCUACAAAGUCAAAACAUAAACACUCUAAAAGACAAGAUUCUCGUAACUUCAUUGAACAUGAAAAUGCAAGACAAUAUAUGUCACCCUGCCCAACAACUUUUACGCAGUCUACAGUUUCAAACGAUUUACCGUCUAUAAUACCAACAUCUGUAACUGCGAUGACGAUUAACUCUGACGAACCUUCAAUGCCUAUGGACAUAUCAACGACGACGAAUUUCAUUCCAUUGACACCACCUGCUUCCAUAAACUCAACAAAGUCUCCACCAACUAAUGUUAACAAUGAGUAUUGUUUUAUACCAAUUCAAAAACGUUUACUACCGCCGGCCGCAAACAAUAUUACUGAUUCAAACUUGAUAUCACAACAAUAUUAUCAUGAUCAAGGAUUUUCUCAUCUGCAAAACACUACGACCAAUGAAAGCAUAAAUAGGCUGCCCUACAAUUUCCAUCGUUUAUUAGCUGAUGCAAAUCAAAAAUAUUGUAUGGUUUCUUCUGAUUUGAAACCAACGAAUAUUUUACCAAUAGCAUGUUCUACAACGCCUCGAAUACUGAUCCCAUCGGAUUUACAAAAGGAAAGAAAAAAACGUGAAAAAUCAAUCCACAAAUCGAAAAUACUGGAAUUUCCGAUAGUGCCCAUGGUAACAGAAAAGCAGGCUUUGAUUUCUAAAACACUAACAACAACUAAAUCUACUACUAUCAGCAGUACUACUGCUACUAGUAGUAACGGUAAAGAAAGAAACCUUAAGCUUACAAGUAAGGCUGAUAUUCGAACUAAAAAACAAUUACGACGCAUAUCACGCCAAAAUCGAUUGGCUAUUCUGAAGUUCAUGAUGCGAAAACGCAAGCAACAAAAGCAAGAACGAAUAUCGAUAUCAAAAGCUCCUGAACAGAAAACAGAACAAGUAGUACCGAAAUUGGUCAGCCCUUCUAUAACCAAUGCAGACAUAGUCGAGCCACAUUUACCAGAUAUUAUUGCGUCAAGUUUAAAAAUUUCUUUUGAUGCAGCUCAAAACAUUGAGUCGAUAUCUCUUUAUUAUCAUCAACGACGCAAACCUGACAAUGUUCAUAAAAAUUCAUCUAGCUCAUUGACUAAUAAUGACAAUAAGCUGAGCCUUCUGAUUGAAGCAGUUGAACUUAUCGAAACAUUGCAUGGCAACUCGAAAUAUAUCCUACCUUCAGAUAAAUGA